AUGGUUCGCUUUGUGACACCACUGGCCCUGGCCGCCCUGUCGGCUACCGCCUUCGCUGCUCAGAAGUGCAGCACCAGCAGCCAGUGUACCGACGAGACAUACCCCUGCUGCUCCCAAUAUGGCGAGUGUGGCACCGGUGCCUACUGUCUCGGCGGAUGCGACCCUCUUUCCUCCUACUCGCUCGACUCAUGCGCGCCUAUGCCCGUGUGUGAGGAGAAGACCUACACCUGGGAGAACCUUGACAACGCCGUUUCCCAGGACAAGUACCUCGGAAAUGCCAGCAAGGCCGACUGGACCUAUAGCGGCAAGCCCAAGACCGAGGAUGGCAACCUGAUCAUGACCAUGCCCAAGAACAGCGUCGGUACCCUCUUCGCCAACAACCAUUACAUCUGGUACGGCAAGAUCUCCGGAAAGAUCAAGUCCAGCCGUGGCAAGGGUGUUGUCACCGCUUUCAUCCUGCUCUCCGACGUCAAGGACGAGAUCGACUACGAGUGGGUCGGCGCCGACCUGACUAACGUCCAGACCAACUACUACUGGCAGGGUGUUCUCGACUGGCACAACAGCGGUAAUAUCUCCGUCGAUGGCGGUGACACCUUCAACGACUGGCACACCUACGAGAUCGACUGGACACCCGAGAAGGUCGACUGGAUCGUCGAUGGCUCCGUCCAGCGCACCCUGAAGAAGGCCGACACCUACAACGAGACCUCCAAGCAGUACCAGUUCCCCCAGACCCCCUCCCGCCUCCAGAUGUCCCUCUGGCCCGCCGGCCAGGCCAGCAAUGCUCAGGGCACAAUCGACUGGGCCGGUGGUGCCAUCGACUGGAACAGCGAGGACAUCCAGUCCAAGGGCUACGACUACGCCACCGUCGGCGAGGUCAGCGUGAAGUGCUACGACGCCCCCUCGGACGUCAAGAAGACCGGUGACAAGUCCUACCUCUACACCAACUCCGCCGCCAUGGAGAGCGACGUCGCCAUCACCGGAAACGACACCGUGCUCGGCUCCCUCGGCGCCACUGGCCUCGACAUGGAUCUCGGUGCCAACACCUCCAGCACUUCCGCUACCACCUCCGCUGCCAACAGCAUCCCCACCACCAACGGUGGCUCCGGCGGUAUGUCCAACUCCAACUCGAGCUCCAGCGCCGACUCUUCCUCGUCCACCGGUACCACCACAUCCUCCGGCUCGGAGUCUACCACCUCGUCUGGCUUUUCCCAGGGCACAGACGUUACCAAGGACAACGGAGCCGCCAGCCAGACCGAGCACGUCCUCCGCGGCUCUCUCUUCGCCGUCCUGGUCGCCAUCGUCGGCCUGGUAACACUGUAA